AUGUGUAAGAAGUGGGGUGCAAGAAGGCUAAAGUUGUUUAAUGCAAUUGAUGACCCACUUAAGAGCAGAGAUCAGAUAAGAGCUGAGGCAAUUAAUAAAGUUCCAGAUGGGAUUUCACAGGAUCAAUGGAUUUCUUAUGUUGAUUACUUCCUUAAAGAAAAAACAAGGAUGACUCAAAGUGGACAACAUCGUGGACGAGGUCAACUUUAUCUUGCUACUCAUAGGAAUGAAGAUGGAUCAUAUGUUAAUGGGGCAGCAAAAGAGAUAUGUGUAAGGUUUUAUGAAAAAAUUGAGCAAGCCAUGACUCAAAGCACCACAGAUGAGUCUGAGAUUUCGCCAAAUGAUGCCAUUGGAAAAGUACUAGGAAAAGAGCAUUCUGGACGGGUAAGGUGCUUGGGAUUACGAGCCAUUCCAAGCAGAGCAUUUAAACAAACAAGACCCCGUUAUAGUGAUUUGAAUGCUUCAAGUUACAAUAAUGGUUCAUGUUCUUCUCAAUGGCAAGAGAAGUACAAUCAAAUGUUCAAUGCUCACAACAAAAGCCAAGACAACCUCAAUUUUCUAAUGAAUGCUCACACUGAAAUGAUGAGCGCUUUCAGGAUGUAUAUGAUAAGGAAAGAAGGGAGAAUACCUAAAGAAUUUGCUGGGUUAUUUUUCUCUGCUACUCCUCCUUCAACGGCAAGUGAUGCAGCUAGUGGACACGUUUCACCCACGGACAUAAGAAGAUCAUGUGGUGGCAGUAAUCCUAAUGACAACCAAUGA